GGCGAUGACAGCUCCGCCCCCGACUCGAGGCUUUCUAAAGGGUCACGUUGCGCUGCAGCAGUGAAACAGGAGACCGCUCCGCAUCCUCAGCACCCAGCUCACCUUCUAUCUCUUCGCCCAGAAACCAGCAGCAGCCACCAUGACUCACCAAUAUCCCGCACUGACUCCUGAGCAGAAGAAGGAGCUGCAGGACAUCGCAGAGAGGAUAGUCGCUCCAGGAAAAGGCAUCCUGGCAGCUGAUGAAUCCACCGGCAGCAUGGGGAAGCGUUUGAACCCCAUCGGGGUGGAGAACACAGAGGAGAACAGGCGUCGCUACCGCCAGCUGCUCUUCACAGCCGACCAGCGCAUCGACAACUGUAUCGGAGGCGUCAUCUUCUUCCAUGAAACCCUCUACCAGAACACAGACGAUGGCACUAACUUUUCCCAGCUCAUCCGGGAUCGGGACAUGGUUGUUGGCAUCAAGGUGGACAAAGGUGUUGUUCCCCUCGCUGGAACAAAUGGAGAGACCACCACUCAGGGUUUGGACGGGCUGUCUGAGCGCUGUGCGCAGUACAAGAAGGACGGUGCAGACUUUGCCAAGUGGCGCUCCGUGCUAAAGAUCAGCGACACCACGCCUUCUGAGCUGGCCAUCUUAGAGAACGCUAAUGUUCUGGCACGAUAUGCCAGCAUCUGCCAGCAGAAUGGUAUUGUUCCUAUUGUGGAGCCUGAGAUCCUUCCUGAUGGAGACCACGACCUGAAGCGUUGCCAGUAUGUCAGUGAGAAGGUCCUAGCUGCAGUGUACAAGGCUCUGUCAGACCACCAUGUGUACCUAGAAGGGACUCUGCUGAAACCCAACAUGGUCACAGCUGGACACUCCUGCCCCACCAAGUACAGUGGAGAGGAAAUCGCCAUGGCUACCGUCACCGCCCUGCGCCGCACCGUGCCUCCCGCUGUCACAGGAGUGACAUUCUUGUCAGGUGGCCAGUCUGAAGAAGAGGCCAGCGUGAACCUUAACGCCAUUAACAACUGUCCACUCGCCAAGCCCUGGGCCCUGACCUUCUCCUACGGCCGCGCCCUGCAGGCCUCCGCCCUGAACGCAUGGAGAGGAGAGCUGAGCAACGAGAAGGCCGCCACCGAGGAGUUCAUCAAACGUGCAGAGGCAAACAGUCUGGCUGCGCUCGGCAAGUAUGAGUCUUCUGGAAGUGGUACCGCCGCGGGACAAUCCCUCUACGUGGCAAAUCACACCUAUUAAACAUCUGCCACAUUCAACUGUGGUCUAGUUAUAGUGUUAUAUCUGCUCUGCUAUUCCCCCUCACUCCUCCAUCAGUCACAGGUCUGCGCUGUCUACUGUACUUUAGAGUUGUCAGAGUUAAUACAAAUUACAUAAUUAGAAGUGUAUUAAAAAACAUAAUGUAGAACUACCAUACUAAAGGGAACAGGCUUUAUAUAUAUAUAUAUAUAUAUAUAUAUAUAUAUAUAUAUAUAUAUAUAUAUAUUUAUAACCAAACAAAACUACUUUGAGACAAUUUAUGACUGAUGUGGAAAACUAUUUCAUGUCAUGUCAGAGAUAGGAAGUCAUAGGCUGUGAAAUUUGAACAGUAGAGCACGAUAAUCAGGAUUCAAUUCAUGCCUCUUAACUCUUAACUGCUCCUGUCUUGCUUUCUCCCCCACAUGAUGAAUCUUGAACCACUCCCAAGCAGGGAGGUGUGUGUGUGUCGGUGUUUCGCUUCUGUAAAAACACAGUAUUGGCUCGUCCUUAAAGCGCUCUACUAACAUCCAGUGGGACCAACUGAUUAUUAGUGGCAUCGGCAUAACAAUUAAGGGACAAGAGAACAAGGCAAACAGUGUGAAGACAUUGACCAUUCAGAGGGAGUUGUUGAUCUUUUGAGCGACUGUCCAAAGUUGCGGAGUUGGUUGUACUUUCAGAAAGCCGUAGCUCCAGCAGCGGUCUGCAGACCCUCACCAGGAUUCAUCUUAAUCUAAUCUUUCUGUUCACACGCCUCUAAUCACCACUAAUCUGAAAACAUCUUGUGUGUCUAUUCUCAGUAUAACAUUACCUCUAAAUUACAUAAAGUAAUGAUGUUCUCAGUUGUGUGAAGGUGUCAAUAUUAUGUGAUGCUUGGGUGUAUCCCCCCCUCCGCCCUGAUUCCCUCCAGCCCGCCCCGACGGGAGAUGAGAUGGUUUCUAUUGACAUAAUGUGGACCAAUUCGUGGGGUUAGCAGCGGGGGAAAUCAGUCACUGCUGUGCUGGAAUACUGUGAUGUGUGUGAUGUUAAUAUUGUUCUUCAAUCACUUUGUGUGUCAAAUAGUGGAGAAAAAUAAACUUGAGAACUAAAAAAAACUA